UAUUAAGUGGCAGAUUCUAGAAUAGGAAUGUUUUCUUAAGCUUUGACUAUCAUAACGGUAUAGAUUCCAAAUUUUGAAAUAUAGAAAGAAAAUAUAUAUAGAAAAGAACAUAAGCAAAAUACGAGAAAGAAAGAAGGGCAGAACUUUGAAGGAAGAAUAAUCAUAUUUCUUGAGGGACACAAACACCCAAAUUUUAAAUCUUCCUCUUUCUUGGGUUGAUCACCAAGUGAGAAAAUUUUGGAAGAAAAUGUGGGCAACCAAAAGACAUGAGCUAAAGAAAGGAUCUGGAAAUGGAUUGAUAGCUGUGGCUAUAGACAAGGAUAAAGGGAGUCAAGCUGCUCUAAAAUGGACUGCUGAGAAUAUUCUCUCAAAGGGUCAAGUUGUUGUUCUUAUCCAUGUUGUUCAAAAGCAAAACUCCCAAGCUCCAUCAGUUGGAGGAAGCCAUGCCAUAAUAUGUGAUUUCAACAGUCCAGCUGGUUCACCACACAAGCAGCUCCUUGAGAAACAAACCAGAGAUCUUUUCGUUACUUUCCAUUGUUUUUGUACUCGUAAGGAUAUACAAUGCCUUGAUAUCAUACUUGAAGACUCAGAUGUAGGAAAAGCAAUAUCAGAGUAUAUUUCCUAUGCUGCAAUUGAGAAUAUGAUUAUGGGAAGUCCAUCCAAGCAUGGGUUCAUGCGAUUCAAGGGAUCAAGUAUUCCAAGCAUUGUAUCAAAAGUGGCACCUGAUUUCUGCACUGUUUAUGUCAUUUCCAAAGGAAAGGUAUCUUCAGUAAGAAACUCUUCUCGUCCAGCCCCAUACUCUUCCCCACUACUAAGCCAUAUACAGAACCUUACUGCAACUAAAGAAGUGCUUAAGCCAGUUGAGACACCUAAACCAAGACUUAGCGGUGUAAGAGCUGCCGAUAGGCAAUCUUUCAAGCCUCGCAGCUUACAAGAAGAUCACACAAUAAGGUCACCAUUUGCAAGAAGAAGAAAUCUUAAUUCCAUUUAUAAUGCUGGAGCUUUCUAUGAAUCAGACACUGACAUAUCAUUUGUUAGCUCAGACAGACCAAGUACUGACCGACCAUCUUCAGUAUUCUAUGAUUAUAUUGAUCCAGGCCGGAAUUCCAGGGUUUCUACCAGCUCCGAUAACAGCUUUGGGUCGUUCCGUCCAGGUCCCAAGUUCUGUGACCUCAGUUCGCUUCACGAUGUAUCCACAAUUUCAUUGGAGAGUGACAUGACAGGAUGCUCAUUUUCGUCACAGGGUCUGGAUGAAGUUGAAACCGAGAUGAGGAGGCUAAAGCUUGAGCUGAAGCAAACAAUGGACAUGUAUAGUGCUGCCUGCAGAGAAGCGUUAACAGCGAAACAGAAGGAAAAAGAGUUGCAUCACUGGCGACUUGAAGAGGAACAAAAGCUAGAAGAGGCACGGUUGGCCGAGGAAGCUGCAUUGGCACUUGCUGAGAAGGAGAAAGUCAGGUGCAGAGCAGCCAUGGAAUCAGCAGAAGCUGCUAAGAGGAUUGCGGAGUUGGAAACACAAAAGAGAGCGAGUGCAGAAGUAAUAUCGCUCAGAGAAGUAAAGGAAAUGCGGAGACUGUUGGAUAAUUUAGCCCAAACUGAUGGAAGAUAUAGGAGAUAUACUAUAGAAGAGAUUGAAUUAGCAACAGACUAUUUUGCAGAAUCUCGUAAGAUAGGAGAAGGGGGUUAUGGUCCUGUAUUUAAGUGUUACCUCGAUCACACACCUGUUGCAGUCAAAGUUCUACGUCCAGAUGCUGCUCAAGGAAGGUCACAAUUUCAGCAAGAGAUUGACAUACUUAGCUGCAUAAGGCAUCCCAACAUGGUACUUCUCCUUGGAGCCUGUCCAGAGUAUGGAAUUUUAGUAUACGAAUACAUGGGCAAGGGAAGCUUAGAUGACUGUCUUUUUCCAAAAGGGAAAACCCCAGCUAUGCCUUGGCAAGUGAGGUUUCGUAUUGCUGCAGAGAUAGCCACAGGCCUGCUCUUCCUUCAUCAGACCAAGCCAGAACCCUUAGUCCACCGUGACCUCAAACCAGGCAACAUCUUGCUAGACUACAACUAUGUCAGUAAGAUAAGUGAUGUUGGACUGGCCAGACUUGUCCCAGCAGUUGCAGAAAAUGUAACACAGUACCACAUUACUUCAACAGCAGGAACCUUUUGCUAUAUUGAUCCAGAGUAUCAACAGACAGGAAUGCUUGGUGUAAAAUCAGAUGUCUACUCCCUAGGAAUCAUGCUUUUGCAAUUGAUAACAGCCAAACCGCCGAUGGGGCUGGCGCACUUCAUGGGAAACUCCAUUGAGAGAGGCACAUUUCCAGAGAUGCUGGACCCAGCAGUGACUGAUUGGCCAAUGGAAGAAACCUUGUCUUUCGCAAAGCUAGCGUUGCAGUGUGCCGAACUGAGACGAAAAGAUAGGCCUGAUCUCUGUAAUGAAGUACUACCACAUCUAAACAAAUUGAGAGAAUUCGCUGAAGAAAACAUGAACUUCUACUCAGGUGGUACUGGUUUGGUACCUUACCAAAACCCUGCUUCCAUUCAUCAAGAAGUGAUGAGUGACCCGUUUCCUCGUUCAACCUCAUCUUCAGUUACUGGAACCCCUUCAAGUACAGAGUGAUGUAAAGCAUUUUUGCCAGAAUCUUCAAGAUUAAACAAAUGUAAAGGUUGUUUGUUGUAACAGCACAAACUGAUAGUGUACAAAAUAAAGACUAGUUUCAGAAAAUCCAUAUUCCAAUUUGUGUAUUUCAGUCCUGUAUACAAAAGACUGUAAUUGUUCCUGUGACAUAAGCUGGAAAUUUUGUUGUUUCCAUUGAUUUUUCUAUUAUUGGUUUUAGAUGUGGAGAAGUUUGUCAAAAAAAGUCAAAAUGUUAAGACUUCAAAUUCAAGUUCCUUUUCUGGUAGUUGAACUUUGUUCAUGUAAAUAUGAUUUCAAUCAAGUCUCAUGUGUAGAUAAGAACUACGAAAAAUUUUGAUUAUGAAGAAAAUAACAAGUACUGUGAGUACACUUUACAUACGUAUA